AUGAAACCUUCAGUGAAAGCUCACGAGUUUCUUUCUGUCUCCACAGUGAACAAACACAAGCCGUGGAUCGAGACUUCGUACCAUGGCGUGAUCACUGAAAACACUGAUGUGGUUCUGCUGGACCCUCCGCUGGUGGCGCUGGAUAAAGAUGCCCCCGUCCCUUACGCAGGGGAGAUCUGUGCGUUCAACAUCCACGGACUGGAGGCUCCGUUUGAGGCGGUGGUGCUGAACGGAACGUCUGGUGAGGGUCAACUGAGGGCCCGCGGCCUGGUGGACUGCGAGCUGCAGAAAGAGUACACCUUCAUCAUCCAAGCGCAUGACUGCGGUUCAGGCCCUGGAGGAACGGAGGGCAAGAAGUCGCACAAGGCAGUGGUACACAUCCAGGUCAACGACGUGAACGAGUUCGCUCCUGUGUUUCGAGAGCCACAGUACAGAGCUGCUGUGACCGAGGGGAAGAUUUAUGACAGCAUCCUGCAAGUCGAGGCCACGGAUCAGGACUGUUCCCCUCAGUACAGUCAAAUCUGUAACUACCAGAUCACCACCACCAACACACCCUUUGCUAUAGAUCGAAAUGGUAAUAUCCGGAACACGGAGAAGCUGAGUUUUGACCGACAGCAGCACUACGAGAUCCUGGUGACGGCGUGGGACUGCGGUCAGAAAAGAGCCUUGCACAGCGUUCCGGUGCUCAUCGACGUCAAGCCAGUCUGCAAACCUGGUUGGCAAGGCUGGAAUAAACGAGUUGACUAUGAGCCGGGGACGGGCAGCAAGCAGCUGUUUCCCAAGAUGCACCUGGAGACAUGCGGCGAGCCGCUGUCUUCGCUGAGGGUCACCGUGGAGCUGCAGACCAGCCAUAUUGGGAAGGGCUGCGACCGGGAGACCUACUCUGAGAAAUCCCUACAGAAGCUUUGUGGGGCCUCGUCGGGCAGCACGGACCUCCUUCCGGCCCCCGGCGGCGCCACCAACUGGACGGCCUCCCUGGUGUCGGACAGCGGGCGUGACAGCGACCUGAUCUUCAGGUUUGAUGGGCGUCAGGCGGCUAAAAUCCCCGACUGGGUGGUUCCCCAGAAUCUGACCGACCAGUUCACCAUCGCCACGUGGAUGAAGCACGGCCCCAGCCCCGGGCUCCGAGCCGAGAAGGAGACGCUGCUCUGUAACUCGGACAAAACCGAGAUGAAUCGACAUCACUACUCGCUGUAUGUCCAUAAUUGCCGACUGGUCUUUCUGCUGAGGAGGGACUUCACUCAGGUGGACACCUUCAGACCUGCAGAGUUCCACUGGAAACUGGAGCAGAUAUGUGACAAGGAGUGGCAUUACUACGUCAUCAACGUUGAGUUCCCCGUGGUUACGCUCUACGUGGACGGAGUCACUUACGAUCCCUACCUGGUAACGGACGACUGGCCGAUCCACCCAUCGCAGAUCGAUGUGCAGCUCACAGUUGGUGCCUGCUGGCAAGGAGGGGAAGUCACCAAGCCACGGUUCACGCAGUACUUUCGAGGAAGCCUCUCUGGACUGACCAUUCGACCGGGGAAGAUUGAGAGUCAGAAAGUCAUUUCCUGUCUGCAGGCCUGCAAAGAAGGAUUAGACAUUAACUCCCUGGAGAGCUUGGAUAAAAGCAUAAAGUUCCACUUCAACCCAGCUCAGUCCAUCCUGGUGAUGGAGGGAGAGGAUCUGGAGAACAUGAACACAGCUGUGAGGAAGGUUUCCUACAUAAACUCUCGCCAGUUCCCCACACCCGGCAUCCGCCACCUGCAGAUCUCCACCUCUGUCCAGUGUUUCGGUGAAGACACGUGCAUCACCAUCCCCAGCAUCGAGGCCGUGGUGAUGGUGCUGCAGCCCAGUGAGCCCAGGAUCACCAUCACCGGGGUGGAGAGACUCAGCCAGUCGGCCUCAGACUUCAGAACGGCGGGGGGGGUUUCUCUGUUCCAGGACCUCCACAUCGUCAGCACGGUCACCAGGGCAGACGCCGCCCCCCAUCACACAGCUAAUCAACCUGGUGUCCUGGAGGAAAUCAUUCACAACUUGGACUACUGUGACAUUCUUGUGUUGGGGGCGGAGCUAAACCCAAAGCAAGAAUCUCUUCAGCUGCAGCUAAGUGCGCUUCUGGGAAAGCAUCUCGACGCCACCAACUCCACAUCUGGCAUGUCCAUAUAUGGCGUGGACUCCAUGAUGAACUACGAGCAGGUGAUCAGACAGGUGCAUUACUACCACCUGCAGCCUGGAAAGCUAACGGAGAGGAGGUUUCGCCUGACCUGCUCAGAGCUCAACGGACGCUACACCAGCAAUGAGUUCACCAUCGAGGUGAGCGUCUGGCACAGCUCUGACACAGAGGAACACAUCAGCCACAUGGUGGCGCCUCCUCAGUACAUGCAGGUGGUCCACCAUCCAUCUAUGAUCAGCGACCUCUACCCCAACCAUGCCUCAGGCGUACCGAGUGCAGCCACUGUGGUGAUCGUCAUGUGCAUCGCCGCCCUGGUGGCGGUGGUGGUGCUGGGAAUAUACCGCAUCCACGUAACCCACCAGCAGGAGGUGAGGCAGGAAGAGACGGCCAAAGAGGCAGACGCAAACUGGGACCACUCGGCUCUGACGAUCACUGUCAACCCCAUGGAGAACCUGGAAAACCGCAACACAGGGGAGGAGGAGGCCUGCGAGGAGGAGGAGGAGGAAGAGGAGGAAGAGGAGGAGGAAGAUGAUGAGGAUGACGAUGAGGAAGAGGUCACUAGCGAUGAUUCAGAUGACAGCGAGGAGGAAGUGGACGUCCAAUUACCCAGGAUUCAACGCUCGAGCGAGAAGCCCCAAAGAUGGGACAAAACAACAAUAUGCUAUUAAAAAACACACACAUUCCCACACACACUACCCCCCCCCCCCAACACACACACAUCUGCAACACAUCUUCAAUGAGAUCUCACAUCAGACAGCAGCAAAUAACAACAAAAACGGACUUUAAAAGAUGACAUAUUGUUGCCCCCUGGUGGCAGUUUAAAGAAAUUACACCCAAUCAGAGAAAUUAUUGUCAUUCCUGGAGGGAAAAUACCUCCACUGCGUUUCUACAGCGUUCAGUGAGAACAGGUUGUAUAAACCCACCAUUUUUCAAAUCGAUCCACAAAUUUCACAGUGAGAUUUCUAAUUUACCCCAAAUAAAAAAAAAAAUGCAAAACAGCCUUUAUUUAAGAUGAAAAAAAAACAAAAGAAAAUGAGACUAUUUUUGGUUUGUAUACUUAUUAUUUAUCUGUCUUUAUUCUAAGCCUGUACGGCUAAGCCAGGUGAUUUUACAGAAAAAAAAAAACAUAUUUUAAAUGGUAUUUAAAAAAAAUUGCAGAAAAAAAAAA